CAAAACACAUUUUCACGAUAGCAGGAAGCAUUCCGUUGGUUCUAUCGCUCGGCAUUGAAGGAGUUUCUCUCGCGGAUGCAUAAUGUUCCUUAUCUUUUUGUCGCAUUUUCUUUUCAUUGUAGCUGGAUCUUACUACCUUGCAUAUAUGUCAUACCGCUUCGAGUUGCAUUCCAACCAUGUAGCGCUAGGACGCUCCACUGAUAGCUCUUGUUACGCAAAUCGGAUACAUACAACAGCGUUAGAGAUUAUACAUGUCUUGGCUGAACAUACAAUUACUCAUGGUCAUAUUAUAUCGAUGAAAUAAUGAAUUUCUCAAACCCUACAACAUACCAUUACUCCACAACCGACCAUCAAUACUAUCCAC